AUGGUGCCUACGUAUGAAACAGAAUACACUUUACUCUCAUGCUUGGCUCUAUUUAUUCUAUCAUUAUUAUUCUUGCAAACUAGGAAAAACGAAGAAGAGGAAUCAUUAGGCUAGAAUUUUAAAUCGUAGCGUCUUGCGGAUCCUAUUGAGUAAGUUGAAAAUAUGAGAAACUACCAAAUCUAAAGAGCUGUCUAAAUCAUUAAGGACUAUAAGUUUAAGAGUGCUAUGAAUGUCUAGCUAGAAUUGUUAACUCUUGCAUCAGUUUCAUCAAUAACUUGCACUAUAUUAGUUAUACCCUAUGCCAUUUUAUUUUUGAUUCUCUGCUUGAUAAUGGCUUUUAAUAAAUCUCAAAAAGCAUUACUGUCAGCUUCUAGGAGAAUAAAUUUGGUACUAGUUUCCCUCCUAAUUGUUGAUCUAACUGUCAAGUAUUUUAUGAAAGGUGGAAAUUUUGCACAAGAAGCGAAAGAGCAGCGAUUAUUUAACUAGGUUGUUGGGUUACUCUCAAGUCAACCCACAUAUUAUGAAUUCUACAUCAAAAUCUUCUUAUUUUUGAUAGAGUGCUCAAAGAUACAAUAUAGUCAUGACUAUUAAAAAACUCUCGAUAGUAUAAAAGUUAUUCAUGGAGAGAAACCAGAAUUGAAAAGAUUAUUCAAGAAAAGAGCAUCCUUCACCUACAGAAUAUUCAAACCAAUAUCAAUUUUUGUGUUUUGCUCUAUAGCUCUAAUAUUUUGUCUUCUUCAUCCAGCUAUCAUAUUUCUAACGUUACUACCUCUCAUCAUAUAUGGUUAUUUUAUGGAACAGCAAGAAUUUUGUGGAGUUUCAAGAGCUUUGAUGGUAAUUUUAAAUUACUUUAUGCUCAUGCUUAUGGCGUUUUUCGGUCACUAUGUAUAAAAGAAAUAGAAGUAAGUGAGCUAACCAAGUAGAUAAAGUUCCAGAAUAGCAUAUAUGGCUAAAAAUGGAUAUGAUGAGGAUAUGCUAACUAUCCCUGAUGAUGUUUCAGAGGCCAAAUCUAAAAUAAGUUUCAAGACUAACACAUUUUAUCAAAAUUAUGGAACUUCAUCUGAAAUGAGUUAUAUGUAAAGCUAAAAAUUGAAAUAUGGAGACAACCCUAUUGCAAUCUUAGAGGAUAAGAAAGAAGAAGAUUAGGAAGAUGAACUUUUUUCUCAGUCAACUUAAAAUAAGAAAACUAAUCGCCUAGGUAGAACUUAAACAUAUAUGAAUAGAGAGAGGCCAGAAGGCAUAGAUGUAAACAGAGAUGAGACUUUUAGAGGAACAUUGAGAAGAGUACUUUUCAAGGUCUACUUGAAAUUAGUCUACUUUUUUGACAGGCUUUUAGACUUCCUGAUUAUCCAUUCAGCCAAAUUCGCUCUAAUUGCCAUAUUCAUGAUUUCUGUGGGCAAACCAAACUUGUUUAAUGCAGGCCUGUUCUUGAUAUUUUUGUUCAUGACCAUUGCAAGCUAUAGAAAUGUGUAAAAAUACUGGGUUGCUACAAUAAUAUACACUAGCAUGAUUAUUAUUUGUCUCUAUGUAAUUGAUGUAUUCAGACCUGAGGAAGUAUUAAAAUUAGAAGAUUCAACGUUAACUGUGAUUGGUCUGGCUCUAUCUAAAAGUUCUGAAUUUCUGCUGAUUAAGCAUUUGCCUUAUUUAGCCCUACUAGCCAUACUAAUUAUCGCUCACUAUAUCCUUCACUCAUAAAGAUAUGAAGAUUUCUUAUCAAUGUACAAUAUGUUUGAGAUGAGAGAGGAACUUAGAGAUGAGGAUGAGAAGCCUUUAUUGAACAAUAGAUAAAAAGAAACAUAAAUUGGUUUAUCUGAUUUCUUGACUAAACUCAUCAUAAAGUACUCGCUUUACAUACUAGUAAUUGCACUAUUUGUUGAAUGUGUUAUUCUCCCUGUGUCUGUACUGAACUUUGUCUUACUAAUUCUGAUGUCAUCAAUUGUAAUGAAGUAUCUAAAGUCAGAAUCAAGCAUCUAACUUUAUCAAAGACUAAGGAAUACUCUGAUUGCUCUAAAAUGGAUAUCCUUGAUUUUUAUCUUCCUAAAGUACACUUUCUAGUUCGAGGAUUAUGCCUAUAAUCUUGCGCAGUAGUCUAAUAUGGCUAAGGGAUAAAAUAGUUAGUACUAUGAGCACUUGCCACUUAUUGAGAAACUGUUUGGAAUAGAGAAUACAAAUGUAGCUGUUAAGCUCUUCAGUUUGGCUUUAGUCAUGUCUAUUUCAAACCUUCAACUAAAAUACCUAGAAUACAGAUACUUGGCAGACAUCUUAAGAGAGGAGGACUCUGAAUGGGACAGACUUAAAUUCAUGGAUGUAAAAAGUGUGUAGUCAAGAUUUAAACUAUACUUUCAUCACUUCAAAGUCUACCUUUACUUUCUUAGCUAUUACAUUCUGCUUCCUAUGCCAAUAUUCUUUAUGAUUAAAUACUCUAUAAACUACAUAUCGGCUAUUGGAUUCUUAAUAUUCACAGCAUCUAUAAUACUCAUGUAUCAACAAAGUUCUGAAUUCUGGAGAUAUGUACACAUUAGAAUCGGCUCCUUUGCUUCAAUUUCAAUUUUGAUUACUUAUGGACUUCAGUUUAUUUUCCUAAAUAUAGAUAUUAAGAAAGAAUUCGUUGAAUGGCUUGGAGUGGAAAAAUAGGAUGAGAAAGUUAGUGUUGUCUACGGUUAAUUAAUCCCGCUCUUUGAAAUUCUCAUUAUAUGUGCUCUUUAGAAAGAAUCCAAGAAAACAGAGUCGCUAUUUAGACUUACAUCUCCAUUAAGUUAAGAAAAUUAGGACUCUGAUAAAGAAGAUAAAAGUGGAGAUGAUAGCAAUGAAAGUAGCUUUGAGAAAUAGCAGCAGGAGAAAGAAAAAAGAGAAAUUGAAGAAGCAUUGAGGAUAUUUGAAGCGCCCAUAAGAAACUGCAUAAAUAUCCGCGACAACUAUCUCAAGAUUUUCUUCUUCACUUAUGGCUACAUCAUCAUGAUUUUCAUUUCUUUAGUAGUGGUACUAUAUAAACUCAACUUAACUUCUAUCUUUUAUCUAACAACUAUUAUGGUCAUCCUAAAGCAGAGAUAUUACCCUCUCAGAUUUUAAUUCAACUUGGAAUAGAAUGAUAAGAAGAAGAAUGUGUCCCUAAUCACUAGAGUUUACUUGGUGGUAAUCUCGUUCACAAUGAUUGCUCAAUACUUCAUGAUGAUUGGUCCUGCCUAUAAGUUUGAUUAUACCUCAUGGAAGAAGCGAGUUACAUCCAAGCUAUGUAUUAUCAAGAGUAAGGAGUGCUAUAAUGAAUGGUAAGAAUGGCUAUCUAUUUCUAAUUUGCCUGACUCAUAUAUUUUGAUGGACUUUUGGAUUUUGCUGUCAGCUUAUGUGGUAUUCUUUUAUUUGAAUGAUCAGAUAACUCUAAGUCCUCAAUAAAUUCUUAAAUGGCCUAAAAUAUAUGAUGAAAACGACUUCCUCAGCCAUAGAUAACUUAAUAAGUUCAAUACAAUGGUACAGUACAUUAUCUUCAAUGGAUUCCCUUACAUUAUGAUUUCGUAUCUGAUGAUCUUUGCUGCUACCUAUCAUGAAAGUGGUAUGAGUGAUUUGCUUUCAGCUGGAUAUCUGUUUAUAGCGAUGUAUUACAUCACAAAUUUUAGAAAGCUCUACACUAAAAACCAUCAAAUGCUUAGAUUCAUUAGAGGCUAUAAUUUCUUUAUGAUGUUUACAGUCAUUCUCUUUUAAGCCCCAGUAUUUCUCUGUCCUUCUAUAGACUCACUUAAGAAUGGCCUUCAUUUUAUUCCCAGAAAUAAGUGUGAAGCAUCGGGAAACAUUAAUCAAGAGGAAUUCACUGACCUCAAUUCAUACUUUGGAAUGUAUAUUGUCUUUACCCAGAGUCUUGGUCUAGUUAAAAUCAACAAAAUUCAAUAUGAUUUAAUUCUCAUGAUAAUACUGACUGAGAUUCAAAACCAUCUUUUCCAUCACCCAUACUUUUAGAUAUAUGUGACUGAGCAUAUGAAAGUUGAAAAGGAAACAGAUGGAAAGCUUAGAGCCUUUAUCUUUGUUGAGUAAACUCAUUUGAGUAAGCUAUGGUCAUAUAAAGCAAUAAAAUAAGAGAUUAAGAUUCUUCAUUAGAGGUUGAUAAGAAUUAACAAUACUAUCAGAAAUAAAGAAUAUUCAAAGCAUUUAAUAUUAGAAGGAGAAGACUUAGAUGAUAUGAAUGAAAACCAAUUAUUACUUAAUGAUGGAAGGUCUAGUGAAAAUGAUAUAAUUCUUCAGACUGCACUAUCUAAGACUUUAGGAUAAUAGCUUAAAACUAUUUCAGAAGAUAAAUCUGCUGUUGAUUAAGAAAGUCUAAAGACAGUUGUAGAUGAGAUUGUUGAUGAGUAUUAAUCACAUAUUGAAGAUCUGUUAUUGAUACUUCUUUCUUAGCCAGACACACCAGUGAUUCCUCUCAAGUACUUUAUCGAGUCUUUUAGAAAUCAUUUACUGGUCAAUCAAGAACUAGUAGAAGCAAUAUAGGUAUAAGGUGAGUCUGAAACGGUGAAAAAUAUGAUUGAAAAAGAGCUACUUUCGAUCCUCAAAGUCAUAUAGAGGUAAAUUCAUUAGAAACAUAGAAUCGACCUUUUCUAUAAAGAAGGAGUUGGUCUUAAUUUCGCCAUUUAGAAAGGUUCUUACUAGUAUCUUGAUCAGAGUGAUUACUCCUUCUAUAAGCACUUGAUUCUUUCAGAGAAGCAAUCAUAAAACUCACAAGAUUUUGAAAAGUUCGAAUUACUCGAGAGCUAUGAGGAAAUAAUCAUGAUUCAAGACUAGUUUAAAGAGGUUGAAAGCAAGUCCUCUACAUUCUUUUUGAGAUUCAAUUUCUAUCUCAGAUCCUAUCUAUGGAGAACAUUCAUUAACAAGCAACUCUUCUAUUCACUUACAUAAAAGAGCACUCAACAGAUAUCUUUGUAUAAAAUGCCUAUACUAAGGCUGCUCAGUAACUGUAUUCUCUCACAGUCUUUAAACAUUAGUUAUCUGGUUCUGUUUAUCAAUUUCAUAUUGAGUCCAAACAUCAUUUCACUUCUGCCAGCUCUUUCAGCUCUACUUUAUGCAUUGUUAGAUUUCCCAGUAGCUAGUAUCAAGUACUGGAAAGUACUCACGGGAUAUAUGCUUAUUGCAUUAGCACUUAAAUUUAUUUACUAAUUACCAAUAUUUUGCGGAAGUCCAGCUUUCAGUUUAUAUUCCUCUUAAGGAUGUUCAGUUCAACCAGUUAUUCCAGAAGUGCUUUUAGGAAGGAUAGAUUACAUCAUUGGUAUUCAUAAAUUUGCCGGACCCUACGCAUUCCCUAAAGACUAAGGCAUACUUAGUGGAAUCAUUGGAGAUCUCUUAGUUUUGAUUACUUUACUUAUUCUGAAGAACUACCUGAUAAAGAUUGGCAUGUGGCACUAUGUAAAGACUAAGAACAACAUCUAUCAAAGUCCAGCUUUCAAGUGUAAAGUUGAUGAACUCACUGAUUUUGAAAGAUUAAAUCUUAUCAAAAGAGAAAAUUUCGAGAUAUAUGAAUAUGAUCAGUAAAGCUUUUUAGGCAAGGUCUAAAUCAAGCUCAAGUAUGCUUAUAAACAAGCGAGAAAUUUCGCUCUUAAAUUAAUGCCUACCUACUUAUCACCCUAACAAAGAAAUUUGAAUAUAAGGACUCAAGUUGAGUUGCCCUAUGUACUGCACACUGCUAAAUAAGUUAAGCCAGGGAAAGAUUAUUUCUCAGCGAAUUUCUUCUCAUUACUACUCAUCUUGGUUUACAAUUUAUUCUGGUAUAGAAGUGUUACUGGAGAACAAUAGGCUGGUGCUGCUCUGUCUGCUGCUAAUCUUCAAAGAUUUUCUACAGCCCAAGUUUCUCUUUUCUUCUUAAUACUGGUUCUAAUGAUGGCUGAGAGAAUGCUAUUCAGAGUAAGAUACUUUGAUAACUAGUCAAUGAAUGCCUAAUCUGGAAUCCUUGGAAAGCAUCAGCUGACUAUCAAAGUUAUAAUACAUGUUAUCUUAGUGAUUUCAGUACAUAUUCAUUUGGGCUUCGUUAUCCCUCGUCAUAAUCUUAAUACUAUGUCUAAGAUGCAGCCUCUAGUCAUUAGUUACAUUCUAUGGGUAAUGUACUUCAUCUCAUCCGCUCUCUAAAUUAGACAUGGUUAUCCUUAGGCUCCAUUUAAACCUCCUUUCACAAGAGACACCUCUUUCUUCAAAGUCUAAGCAUUCAGAAUAUACAAAGCGAUACCUUUCUUGUGGGAGAUGAAAGUUAUAACUGACUGGACUGUGACAGCCACAUGUCUAGACCUUUAUUAAUGGUUUAAACUAGAUGAUGCAUUUAAUUAUCUUUACCAGAACUAGUAGCAAAAUGAUGAUAGAAGAAGGAGAGAAGAAUACAGCCAGAGAUCUUGGGUUGAAAAGUUCUUUUACGGAUUUUGCUUUGCUCUUGGCCUAAUUUUAGUAAUCCUCGCUCCAAUUUUGCUAUUCUCUGGAAUCAAUCCAAUUAUGGUCAAGAAUCCAGUACUAGGAGGCUAGCUUUAGAUAUCAUUUGAAUUGAACAAGAAUGGAAAUACCUACAGAAUUUUGACAAGUUAAGCAUUCAAUAUUGAAUAACUGUAAGAAUCAGAAGUAGAUAGUAUUGCCUAACUCUUUACACCGAGCAAUGCUAAGUAUACUGCUGCUGAUAUGCAGAAGAUGAAUUUCAGUCCUUAUUCUGAGACUGAAUGGUCUAUUUCACCUCCAAGUCUCAUAAAGUUCAUUGAAGAUUUUAGGAAUCUAGAAAAUGAUGAAUCGGCUUUUGUAGAAGUCAAAAGUAGUUGGAACUUCAAAAGAAGUAAUCCUAUGGGAAAUGAAAAUACACAAUCAGAGACUAAAACAAGGAUAAGCAUAUCUAAACUGCAACCAAUUGUACAAAUGCUAGAUGAUGAGAUUUAUACUUAAAGUGAGAAUUCAACAGUAUCUACUGCUAAUUCAAGCGAUAUUUAUGUUGAGAACUUCUUGCCAAAGAUCUUCAGACUUGGUUCAACUCAGCAGUCUUAUCCUAUGGAACUUCAACCACUUACCUAUAUAUCAGCUUAUUACUCUUGCCAGCUUACCCUGAAUAAGAUCCCAGGAUAGAGAGGCGGUUUCUAUUGGACUUAUAGCAUCCCUGACUCUGAAUAGGCAGGAAUAUUCCAAACUAAGGCUCAUCCAAAGUAAAUGCUCAAGUAAAAUGCAGAAGUAACUCCUGCACUCAAGCAUCCUAAUUAGCAGUACAAUGAGACCAUGCUACUAGACCCAAAUAACUUAGUUAUAAUCUCUUACAACGAGGAAGUCAUUGGCAGUCUAUUCGGUAGUGCCUUCCAACUUUCAGUAGUCGGUCUCUAUGCCACAAUCGUGGUCGCUAUUGGUCGUUUCCUAAGACUAAUCUUUGACAGAAUCUCUUAAAGAGUCAUAUACGAGGAAAUGGAUGAUAUUGAGUAGCUGUUUGAGAUAUGCGAGGGUAUAUUCAUUGCUUAGCUAGAAGGAGAUUUGGUUCGAGAGAAAAAGCUAUAUGAUUUGCUGAUCAAGAUGUACCGAAGCCCUGAAACUCUGAUCAAGAUCACCGAGCCUAAGGCCAAGAAUAAUCAAAAGAGAAAGAACAACACUCUCACUUAGCAUUUGCAAAGAGAAAACAGCAUGCAGUAACUACAGAUGUUAAAUACUAAUCAGUAGUGA